AUGUCGUACAAUGAUUUGUAUAAAGCUUACAAACGCUGCUUCGGCUCGGAGUUCAGUGGAAAAAAAAUUCAGGAUGACGUUAAUGUUUUGUGGAAAAAGUUAAAAAAUGACAGUAAAAAUUUUCCGAAAAAUGUAGAAGAGAAAGUCAAAGAGUUGAAAAAAUCUGCGACGGUUAAAAAAGCAGGCCUCAUGUCAUAUUUCACCAAGCGAAGAUUCGACGAUGGGGUGCAACCUGCACCAGCCCAAGAAAAGCUGAAGAAGGAAAUUGCCGUUUGUGAAUCCGAGCUAAACACUGCUUACCUAGCCCGGGAUUCAGGACUUUCAGAUUUGUCAGUUCAUUGCCGCAUUACCAAACUUAAGAAUGAUUUGGAAUCCAAGAGGAAACAAUUGAAAAGGAAACAAAUCAAGGCAAAGUUGGAGAGAAAAUAUCGGGCAAACCGGAAAAGCGCUCUGAAGGAGAUCUUAGCCAAGGAUCCCGAAUUGGCCUCAUCUCUCAAAAUCCGUCAACAACCUGGUAAACCUCGAAUAGAGCUCGACCAACCGGAACUCUUGUCUACCAUCGUCCAAAUCGCCAUAGCUGGUGGAGCAGCUGAUGAACGACGGCGCUCUGAAAAAAUCCGCACUUGUAAGACGCUCGAUGAGCUACACGAUGAACUGGAUAUACAGGGUUUUAAACUAUCCAGAAGCGCCACAUAUCUUCGCUUGUUACCACACGAUGCUCGCAAUUCCGAGGGGAAACGACAUGUGAAAACGGUACCGGUGAGAUUGUGCAAGCCAGAAAAUUCACAGCAUAAAAUUCACGAAGACGGAAAGUUCUGCACUGCAACCAUCAGAUCCGUAGAAACACUGGCAUCAAUUUUGGGAAAUUCCCAGGUUGCUAUUGUAUCUCAGGACGAUAAGGCACGAGUUCCUAUCGGGAUAACCGCUGUCAACAAACAGGCUCCGUUUCUGAUGAGCGUUGAGUACAAAAUUACCUUGCCAGACCACGACUGGGUUGUCGCUGCAAGGCAUAAGCUGAUACCAAGUGUUUAUGCUGGAAUUAUGAUUGCAAAUGACAAGAUUGAUGGAAAUCCUGCGUCCGUGUCAUACUCCGGGCCAUCGUUCGUUGCAAUCCGGUCGGGAAAGCAUUCGACAUCAAACGCUUCAACACACGCACAUGAUUUCGAUAUACUGCUUGAUACGCCUGAAUUUGAUGUAAUUUUAAAAAAUAACGGUGAUGUCAAACCUGUUAUUAUUUUAUCAGUCGAUGGCGGGCCAGACGAAAAUCCCCGUUACCCAAAAGUAAUAAACCACGCAAUCCAGCAUUUCCAGCGGUACAACCUUGAUGCUUUCUACAUUUUUACAAAUGCACCUGGUCGAAGCGCUUAUAACCGCGUAGAAAGGAAAAUGGCCCCACUGAGCCGCGAGCUCUCAGGGGUGGUUCUGCCUCACGAGCAUUUCGGAAGCCAUCUUGAUGCACAUGGUAGAACAAUCGACGAGGAUUUGGAGAUCGAAAACUUCAAAUUUGCAGGAGAGGUAUUGGCCGAAAUAUGGAGUGAAUUGACAAUCGACAAUUAUCCUGUGAUUGCUGAAUAUUUCGGAACAGGAUCCGAAAAAUCGGUUGAAGCACCAUCUUUAGAAUGGUACGCCUCACAUGUGAGAGAAAGCCAAUACUUUCUCCAGAUUGUGAAAUGCAAUGAUGUUGCCUGCUGUGGAUUGCUUCGCAGUGAUUUAAAAAACAUAUUGCCGGACGGAUUUUUUCCAGCACCAUUCCCAAUGCGCCGAACACCCACUGGACUAACCAUUCCGGAACCAGAGGAGGUGUGUGAUGAAGACACCUUUCCUCCUUUUUUACUACGGAACGCGAUAAACAUGAAACCAAAGGCUGCAACAUACCCUGAUCCUCCCCCAUACGAUCUCUACUGCCCAUCGAUUAAUGAUCAGUUGACGGGACGACUUUGUGCCGAAUGUGGGUUGUAUUUUGCAUCGAAAUCGAAUGCAGCUCGUCACAAGAAAGGAAACCACGGUGUUCGUCUUUCUAAAAAAACUCGUCCCUCGAAGAUUCUAAGAACGACAAUUGAUGAAAUUUUAUGUUGUGUUGACGUCAACGGUCAGACUGAGGUCUUAUGGCUGGACAAGGAUACUGUGGAAGACAUUGAACUGGCGAAAGAAAGCGAUGUUGAUCCCGUCUUUCCUGUGGUCGGGGAUAUUUCACACUGGGUACGAUCACCAUGGACAGAAGAUUGA